AUGAAUGUGUGUGUGUGUGUACGUCUUUAUUUAUCUCACUCCGGCCACGACACAAACGAGAACACUGGUGCGCACGCAGGUGCACGGGGAGAGGAAGACAAACAGUUAAUACACCGCCUGCAGAGACGCGGCUGGAUCGGCGGUUUGAAGUGCGGAAAGCAAGAUGGGCGUCAAGGAAGCAAACGUCAAGUGGGGUGGGUGUUCCUUCGCUCGCACGAUCUCCGUCUUGCCCCUUCCCGCUUCUCCUCUAUGGUCAGGCGGGCCGCCAGUGGGGGGAGACUGAGGGAAGUGGCACCCAAACCUGCACGGUGGCAGCCGCCACCACCGCCACCCCCUUCCCCGCUUCUCCCCCACCAGCGCCCAUGGCCAUCGUGCCCUUCUGUCAUCGUCGCUUCCGCUUACGCCUACAAAAAAAAAUGA